UAUGAUGGAAUCAUACACAUAGGGUACGCAGUGUGGUACGCAAUGUUAGUUUCUUAUACGGAAGCUACCAUGGAUACCACGUAUCUGUACACUCUCAGUGCCGAUCACGUGACGGCAAACGACAAUGGCGACUGGCGAUGCGAGAUAGAGAACGCGUUUGGCAAGUCGUCUGCCACGUGCAAAGUGAAGGUCAUAGAUCCCAAAUGCGACGUGGUGCCCUCGGGAGAGGCCCCUCCCCGGUUCCUGAUAGCCCUGAGUAACGCGAUGGGGCCGGAAGACGGCACGACGGAGCUUGUGUGUCAGACAGAGGGCACCGAGGAGUUGAAAGUGAAAUGGUUUCGCAAUGACAACCCGAUAGACGACUUCAGUCCAGACAUCGAGCGUUUCGUGAUGACGUCAGAGCAAGGCACACACGUGCUGACGAUACGCAGAGUAAAACCACGUGACGCUGGUGUUUACAAAUGUAAAGUCAGCAACGACCUCGGUUGGACGUCUUGCGACGCGAAGUUCACUGUUAUCAAACACGCGCCUGUAAUUCCCUACUCGGCGACGGACUUUCCGGUCGCCAUGGAGCUCAUGGAGCGCCGCCGCGAGGAGGCGGUCAUGACCACAUUUGAGAAGGACGUCGACUUCCUGUCACAUGACAUGUUCGACAGCGUCGCCAUACAGACGUUCCUUUUAAAAUGGCGAGUGGACAAGGACGUCCCUCUUCAUUUCCCAAUUCACCUUAAAAGCAGGUGCGCGGUGGAGGGUUCGAUGACGGUGAUGGGGUGCCUCGUUGCCGGCAAGCCUCCGUACAAGGUCCGCUGGUUUAAGGGGGCCACGGAGAUCUACGAGAGCUCCAAGUACUACAUAGACCAACGCGGUCCCCUGCUGAGCCUGACGAUCCCACGAAGCGAGGAGGACGACACCGGGAACUACACAUGCACCGUGAGGAAUUGUGGGAGCAAGGUGUCCUCCACGUGUUACCUGCAAAUCGAACCUGUACUGGAGAUAACGACCGAGGUGCCGACGAAGCCGUUGUUUGUGACCAAACUGCGCCGACAGACGGUGGACGAGGGGCAGUGUAUCACCUUCCAGGUUCAGGUCACUGGAAACCCCAGGCCGGGAUUCAAAUGGUCCAAAGAUGGUCUCGAGCUUCACGAUAGUGAACGAGUCCAGACGGAAGUGACGCGCAAGGGUCAUGCGCACUUGCUCAUCCAGAACGCCACAUUUCUAGACAACGGCCUGUACUCCUGCGAGGCGCACAAUUUUGCGGGCAGAGCGCAGACCAUGGCGAGCGUUAGAGUGCGAGAUCAUUUCGAGCAACAAUUAUUACAUGAACGACAGAUGACCUACUCAGACGAAAACGCCAGUUUGACCGAUGGUGUUCAGAACGGAAACUCUUCUCUAACUAACGGAGUUAGUUCCCCUGGAUACUCUCUAAAACAGGAGAGCCAGAUGUUUGAGCACUUGCCGCGGUUUCGAAUUCAGCUUCCACGGGAGAUCACUGUUAGGGGACGGGAAAGAUUCUUACUGGAAAUUUGUGCCGGUGGAAAUCCCAGACCAAUAGUCCAGUGGUUUAAAGAUGGCUACCAAAUAUACGAGGGUAUAAACUACAACUUUUUGUCGGUCGGUGAGUGGGCGGGACUCGAGGUUAUAAAUCCACUCCCGAGAGACGCCGGACGAUACAUGGUAAAGAUCGUCAACGACCUUGGCUCGGUGACGUCAGUAUGUGACGUCACAAUGGACUUGCCUUUGGUUGAGGGGAAGGCCAUCGAACGACAGGAUUUGGAAACGACGGAGGAGUUGAUAUGCCAACCCGGUGCCUGUGUGGUCCUGUUACAAGGGGAAGUCGACUCGAGCUUGUCCUUAGCACAGAUUGUACCCAGCUCACAUCUAUAGGUCGAGGUGAUAGACGCAGACGAGGCCCCAAGCUUUCCGCACGCGCUUCCCGCCAACAUCAGCCCGCACGAGAAUGACGAGCACGUACAUAUAGAAUGUCAGGUGCGCGGAGAACCGAUGCCCAAAACGGUCUGGU